AAGUCUGGCUGCUGUACUUAAACUUUUAGCUAUAGGCUGCCAUCUAGCGGCAGUGGACCAACUAGGUAUGUUUAGAUUAAAUCAACAAUGUGGGAUUUGUUUUUCAGUGAAAUGGAAGACCCACCACUUUUGAGGUCUUUAUUUGGCAAGCUAAAUGGCACGCACACAAUUCCAAUUUACACAACCAAUGUAUUUUAAUUGGAUAUGUAUAAACUGAAAUCAAUUGUAGUUGCAUCUAGUCCAUGUACAGGUACCCGAUCUUGUUUCACCAUUCCCUCCAACAUAUGAUUGAACAAUUGGCAUUGCGUCAGAGGUGAUCAUCAUGGAACGAUUUAAAAAUUCGAAAAUGCGUUCUAAAAAUCACGUUACUCCAUAUAUCCACAAUAGCAAGUGAGAUCAACAUAAUUUAUUUUUAUUUCUUUAUAUUUUAUAAAGUCAACGUAUCAUUAGCGUUGUCAAUAUAAUUUAAAAAACAGUGGAGACAUUGGUGAAAUACCAAUCAUCAGCGAGAUAAAUUUAAAAAUAAUAAUUCACCAACUAAGAUAUCGAAGACUACACGGCCUAGGCCGAAACUGGCCAUAAUAAUGCCCCCCCAAAAGACUGACAACCUUCAUGAGCAACACCAGCGACUCCUUGUGGAUAACGAUAGUUACCUGGUUGCCAUCAGAAAACAGAAGGAACACCUUGCCAGUCUGGACACCAAGAUGAAGGAGAUGCAGACCAAGCUGUUGCAGAGGAAGAAGGAGAUGGGUGGUAGGAUCCGCAGCCUGAAGAGACCUCUUCAUCAGAGGAAGCACAUCCGCAUCAUGGAGGUCCGUGUCAACCAGGCCACUAAAAGCUUUGACAAGUUGCUAUGCAGCAACCAGGCAUUGCGUGAUGAGAUUGACCACCUGCGGCACCAGAGGUGCUCCUUCGCCCUAAUGUACCAGCGUCUGAGCAGAGAGCUACUGUCCCAGCACAAUGUCAUGGAAGACCUCGUGGAGAAGUCUGUCCUUGCCUACGACCAGCGGUCCGAGGCCCUGGCCCGCAUGCUAGCUGUGAGGGAGCGUAGCAAGAAGGACACGUCUCUCUGCCACACUGAGAUGACUGAGCUGAAGAGGGUCAUCGACCACGAGAUCAAACUCCGCAGCUUCAUGGUGCAAAAGUCCAAGGAGAGCGUCCACAUAGGCGAGGACGAAGAGGCCAAAAAGAGAAGGGCCGAGCAGGCUCAGCGUGAACGAAUGGGAGGAGAGAGUCUGGAGACCUACCAGGCGGUGCACCGGCUGCUCGUGGAGGUGAGCGGCGACAGCGACCUGCGUCAGCUCGGCAGGACAUUUGUGGAGAACGAGGAGAAGAGCUUUGCUUACUUCAACUACAUCAACGAGCUGAACAACAAUAGCACCAUGCUGAAGGACCGCAUCAACAAGCUCAGGACUGAGAUCCUGCGCUUUGAGCUGGAGAACAAGCAGUAUGAUCAACAGUGGCAGGACCAGCUCAAGGAACUGGAGAGAGAGCUGGAGCAGCGUCGUGGCCUGGCCAAUAAUUUGGAGAGCCAGUACACGGUGGUUCUGAAGUUUUUGGAUCAGCAUAAGACGGCCAUCGCCCACCUGUUUAACAAGAUGAAUUGUAACCCUGCUUCUAUCAUUGGCAAGCUGGGCUGCAGCGCUCAGGUCACUGAUGACAAUGUCACCCAGUUUAUCGGUAUCCUGGAGGAGGAGAUGCACCAGCUGUUGAUGUUCCUGUCCCAGUGCAGCUACAAGGAGGCUGAGGAGAUGGAGCUGCCCCCUCAGAACCUCCUGCUGGUCAGCUGCAGCCUGCUGCCCGCCGUGACCCCCUCUACUACAGAGGCACCCUCCUUUGACGACAGCACCACUGAAGCACUACUGGGCCUGGGCAGCGAGCAGCCUCUGGACUUCCAGACCCUGCGUGAGCGGGUGCUGCCCUGGGUGAUGCAUACUGAACAGGGUAAGGUGCCCAAGGCCCCAUCCGCCCCCCUAAGAGGAAAGAAGAAGGUGGGCUUCAACCCCAAGUCUGCCUGAGCAGGAGCCUCUGACGCUCACAAGACAUGGUGCUCACAUACUGCGUUGUUUUAAUGUCAAUGAAACCAUUACAGCAUUUAGCUUUAGUCCUUGGUCUCAGUAAUCUGUUCAUUGUUCAGUGUCCUUUGCCCCCCACCCCCACCACUGCUUUUGAACAGGUUUGUUCCCAUUGUUGGAGGAAAUAACACAGCUCAUCUAGACCCUUAUCCUGGUACAGGAAAGAUGCCCUCGUUUUGGGCAAUGAAAUACUAAAUGGUGGGUGGCUCAGGGCUUUGCACCUCUGCGUCUAGGUCUCUCAGCAUGGCCAGGUACCACCUCAGUGGAGUAACAACAGGCUUUACAGGGAUCACUGGCUGACAGCUUAGUGUGUGCCCUGCCUUUGGGAUGCAUCAUGCGGUGUAACGUUACCCUGUAACCUCAUGACAAGCACUAAAAUAAACACUGGGGCUUUGUCUUUCCAAACCAAACCCCAUGUUUUGAUGGAGAGUGUUAGGCCCCUCUGUACCUUGAAGACCAGUGUGAUGCCAGAAGACGGCCAUCUCUGCUACAUCACUGGCUCUCAUUGCUCCUCUCUAAAUACAGAAGGCUACAUGCUCUUAGUCUUAGGGGAUCCAUAAUGUUCUCAGCUGCUGGGCAGGACUGCUACCAAAACCAAACUAAAACCUUGAAUCAGUUUAUAAACCAGUAGAAAAGCUCUCCCUCACUGAACAGAUCAUUUGAACCUCACAAACUCUCCUCGUGGGCUGUUUGUGCGUAAGCAGCAUUCUCCUAAUACUAUUUUCAACCCAUACUGAUGUCAUUAACCCCUGAUGUAAACUCUCUUGCUGGUGAUGAAACCUUACAGAUUAAAAGGUAUUGAUGUUGUGUAUGACUUAUUUACAACACAGUGUGGCUGCAACAGUUAUGUGAUCAACUUGGGCAAAAUAAUUGAGGGAAGCACACAUCCAUUGAUACAUAGACUUGAUUUGUUGAGUUGAUACAGAAUAUCACUUAAGAUGACAUUCGUUCCAA